CAUACAUCCAACUGAACGGCUGGCCAAGUUGUGGGGGGGGGGGGAAUUACAGACUUGUUUUUUUGGUAAAUUUUUAAAAUUCCCUCCAAAGAACUUCUAAAUUUAGUUCAAUAAAUACAGCAACAACUCCAUCUUCCCUGCAUUAAACCUUCUCACUCUUCCUCCAUUAUGAGUUAGCAUUAAGUUCACUUUCUUCCUUUGAAAUUUAUGGCUGCCUCCUCCUUUUCCACACACACACAAACUGAUUUUGAAGAUGUUGUCCUGCCCCCACUGGUUGAGGUACCCUUUGCAGCAGCUUUUAACAGUUCUGAAACACAAAAUAGAAACUGCAUUUCUAGUGUACAAGCAAGAAAUGAAAGAAGGAAGAAAGUUAUCGAUGUGAUACUACAAAAAUGCAAGGACGGCAAACUUCAGCACGGAUGUAUUAAGUCAGUAGCUAAUGACUUCAAUAUUUCAGAUCGUUCGGUUAGAGACCUAUGGAGAAUUGCUAAAGCUCAAUUGGAUACAGGCCUUUCUAUUGAUGUUGAAUGUAGGUGGCAAGGAAACUCAGGGAAAAAAUCUCGGACUAAGGACUUUUCCAAGCUUAGCCAGAUUCCUUUUCACCAACGCCAGACCCUACGUGCAGUAAGUCAUUGCUUGAAUGUGUCUACUACAACAGCACACAGGUGGCUGAAGGAGAAAAAGAUAAAAAGACAUUCUAAUGCCAUAAAGCCAUUUCUGUGUGAAAAAGGUAAGUUGAAAAGACUCAAGUAUUGUUUGUCUUUUAUAUCUCCCACAUCACUACCAAACCCCACAUUUCAUCACUGUUAUGAUUACAUUCACAUUGAUGAAAAGUGGUUUAAUUUGAGCAAGCCCAAAGCAACAUUCUACACACUGCCUGGUGAAGAUGACCCAUACAGAAUCACUCAGUCUAAAACACACAUUCCCAAAAUAAUAUUUCUAGCAGCUGUGGGUAGGCCAAGGUUUGAGGUGGAUGGUGAAGUUAUAUGGGAUGGAAAAAUUGGGAUUUUUCCAUUCACUUUUGAAGAGGCAGCAAAAAGGGCUAGCAAAAACAGGCCAGCUGGUACCAUGGAAAUCAAAGCAGUACCAAAAAUAGCAAGGGAUGUAAUGAGAUCCAUGAUGAUUCAGCAGUUGCUGCCAGCAAUAAGGGCCAAGUGGCCAGGGACAAGCAAGCAAGUUAUCAUACAACAGGAUAAUGCUAAACCACAUAUAGAUAUUAAUGAUCUUGAAUUUGUGAGUGCUUCAAAGGAAGGUGAUUGGGACAUUCAACUACAGUUUCAGCCCCCAAACAGUCCAGACUUGAAUGUCCUUGACCUUGGUUUCUUUAGGUCAAUAGAUGCUUUGUCAGACAAGACUGCACCAAGGUCAAUGAGGGAGUUGAUCACCAAUGUGACCAUGUCUUAUGACCAACUCAUAGCCCAAACAUUAAAUAAUGUUUUCCUAACCUAUCAGGAGGUAAUGAGUGAUGUCCUUAAGCAGAAAGGGGGAAAUGACUAUAAAAUACCACAUAUGGGCAAAGAAAGGUUGGCCAGGGAAGGAUUGCUCCCUGAGAACAUACAUGUGGAUGCUCAAGUCUAUGAAGAAGUUGUCCAGUUCUCAGAAAGCAACACUUAAGGGCCAAAGGACAGUACUUUUGUGUAAGUCUUUUUCUGGUUUGUACUUGUACACACAACAGCACACUUUUUUUGCUUUUUGGUAGUGUUUAGUCAUAGUGUGCAGGCUUGUGUAAUGAUGUAGUACCAGAUCCUCAAUGUAAAAUAUUAAGCAGGGACUGAAUAUCAAUCAUAGGCAGAUAAAAUGCCUCAGAACUCAACUUUGUAAUUCCAUCAUAGGCAUAUAAUAGGUCAGUCUAGCUUAGGGACUAUUUACAUGGUUGUUUUGUCACAAAAAUUAAGUUUGAACUUCCAUCAUAUGCAUAUAAAGGACCAGUCAUGUC